AUGCCUCACGGAGACUUCGAUGUGUCGCGGCUAUCGCUCGAACUCCUCCAUGCUGAACUGCAACGCCGACAAGAGAGCAAGCCGACAUGCGGGUCUACCGGGAAGCAGCACUCCUACAACACGGGGACCCAUGUGUUCGCCCUGUUCCUCAUCCUCGUCUUGAGCACUCUCGCAUGUUCCUUCCCGAUCAUCGCACGGCGGUUCCCGAGCCUCCCAAUCCCUCAUCGCUUCCUCUUUCUCUCCCGGCAUUUCGGUACGGGGGUCCUGAUUGCCACCGCCUUCAUCCAUCUCCUACCGACGGCAUUCAUAUCCAUGACAAACCCAUGUCUGCCGGACUUUUGGAGCAAACAUUAUCGGCCCAUGCCAGGGUUCAUCGCCAUGGUCGCGGUAUUCGUCGUGGUCUCGAUUGAAAUGUUCUUUGCCUCGAAAGGAGCCGGGCAUAGUCACGGUAGCGAAUGGGACGGACUGCCGGAGCAAAGCCACCGAGAUGCUCAGGGCAAUGGGCACAUCGCUCUCAAUCAUCUAGGCACGCCCUUGACGCCAUACACCGACAGGACACCAAAGCCGCGGCACUCCACGUCGAGCGAGUCCGGCUCCGACACCGACGACCUGGACGCAUUGGAUCCGAUCGCCGAACAAUCGGCGAGUCUCAGUCAUCCGCACAGACGGAAGCUGUCACAGCACGACAACCACGGCCAGGCUGAGCAGAAUCCUCAAAGACUGUUCCUCCAAUGCCUGCUGCUGGAGGCCGGCAUUCUCUUCCACAGCAUCUUUAUCGGAAUGGCGGUCUCGGUCGCCACGGGGACAGAGUUUGUGGUUUUGCUGGUGGCAAUCUGCUUCCACCAGACGUUUGAGGGGUUUGCGCUAGGCUCCCGGAUUGCCGCCCUGAUUCCCGACUUGUUCGACGCGUACAGUCCAAAGCCCUGGCUGAUGGCAUUGGCUUACGGAGCCACCACGCCGAUCGGCCAAGCCAUUGGCAUAUGGAUGAAUGAGCUAUACGACCCUGCGUCCGAGGUGGGAUUGCUGAUGGUCGGAAUCACCAAUGCCAUUAGUAGUGGCCUCUUGUUGUUCGCCGGGCUUGUCCAGCUGAUCGCCGAGGAUUUCCUCAGCGAGAGAAGCUACGAGGUUCUGCGAGGACGCCGGAGGAUCGAGGCGUGCCUGGCCGUUGGUCUAGGUGGCCUCCUGAUGGCAAUCGUGGGAGCUUUUGCAUGA